CCCUCUCAUGCAUCGCAAGCGCACAGAGGGCGCACGGUGUCAGUUAGCUCGCGCCUCUCGUAGCGGUCGGUCGCUGCUUCAUGGUUGCGUCUCGCAGCAGGAAUUUUGGGAGUGGAAAUUCCGCUGUUAUACUUUCACGACUCGCUUCGUAUUCUGACAUUUCUGCUUUGAACACAGAGAGAGAAAGAGGUGGAGAGAGAAAUACGGAGUGAAAUCUGCAGAGCUUAUCCUCCGAUGUUCCGCUUGCUUUUCACUGAAAACCGGUUAACUACUGAUUGCUCCUUCUUUCAUUUUCCACUUGGAAGUAUCGAUCCUGUUUUCCCAAGGUUUGAUGAAGAAUCGCAAACUGCCACUUCUGGAUUUUCCCUGUUUCGAUUUUUAAUCUUCCCUGCUUUUUGGAUUAUAUUUUAUAUUUAGAUGGCAAGUUGUCCCCUGACAGACACGGGGAUUUGGUGCUGAAGCUCGCAGGAUGCUGAGGAGCCGACAACAACCACAUCUCUUACUUUGAGACAAUCUGCGCGUAUUUGUGUCGCUUUUGGACGUAAACCCCCCCUCUGGACGUUUCCCCCCUCCCGUUUGCCUUUAUUUUUCCUUGACAUCAUGUCUGUUGUGUACAAUCUAAGGAUGCGUAGUGGAUUGCUAUUGUUCAUUUUCUCCCAAGUCACCCUGGUUGCUUCGUUGACUCAGACUGAUAAAUGCGGGGGGACUAUAGAGAUCCACACCCCGGACUACCUGACCUCCCCCGGAUAUCCAGGCGCGUACCCGCCGUCCCAGCAGUGCGUGUGGGUGAUCUCAGCCCCGGAGACCGGGCAGAAGAUCCUCAUCAACUUCAAUCCGCAUUUUGAUCUGGAGGACAGAGACUGCAAGUAAGAUUUCACUCCUCACUCUCUCUCUCUCUUCUCUAUUAAUCUCCCACCCUUCCCUUUACUCCUCAAUCCUGCCUGGAUACAGCGUGAAACUCUGCCACCUAUUGGUCAAGGAUUAAAACAUCUGCUCCCAGGGAACAGGGUUUUUGAGAUAUGGCUCUCAAGAAAUGGGGUUUGAUGGGUUUUGUAAUCCAUACUUAAUCAGGAGGCAUGGCUUUGUGUCUCUGCUUGGGGUUGUUGGCAGUGCUUUUAGAGGAGAGUAAAUCCCAGCCAAACUCUGCGUGCAUACGCUUUCUUUGUAUUGAUGGAGUUCAGUUUGCUCAUUGCAGGAAUAGAGAAAUGGUGUUUACUUUUCAUCUAGAGACAGGCGGAGUCUACCUGUUUGUAUUUGGAGGAGGAAUCGAGUUCGUGCGGCUCUUUUGUUAGAAGGAAUACAACGUUGAGGAUCUAAUUUAGUUUUGCAAAUUGUUGGAAGUGCUGCCAUCAGGUUUUUGUGAGUCUGAGGAUUUUGGAAACAUAAGCUGAGGUUUUUUGUCUGGAGCAAUCAUCUUUUCACACAUUGUGCUUGUUCAUCGACUUUUAUAUGUGAAGCAGAAGGUUUUUAAAUCAAUUUCCACAAAAAGAAUCGCUAACAAUUACCAAAUUCACUUUUUCUGCUCGUCCAACAUAAAGACUGCUUUUCAUUGUCUUCUAUAGUUUCCUUCCUAUAACAUAAGAUGUACUUUAUUAAGCCUACUUUGGGAAAUGGUUUGGUUACAGAAGCAUGUAUACAAGGCAUUGCAAAUUAAAUAAAAACAAUAUAUUAAUAGAUAUGAGUAUCUAUAGAGUGCACACAAAUACAGAAUAAAGUAGAAUACACUACGAUAGACUAACCUACAAUUAUAAGAAUCUAUCAACAUAGGACAUAUAACGUUAUAACGUGUGCAAAGUGUGGCAUUUGUUCAUUAAAAUGGCAUUAGUUUUGAGUCUUUUGGUCAAACAAAAUAGAUUUGAUAUGAGUUUAGACUCUGGAAACUUUUAUUUGUGUCUUUUUCCUUCCAGACAAUACAUUAAUUGGAUGUGCAAAUUGUUAUCAGAUUAUAAUAAAAGUGAAUCAUAUGUUGUUCCUCUCUGCACUGGCAAGACAGGGAGCAGUUUGGUUUUAAAACUUUCUUAAGUGACAUUUAUUUUCCACACAGACAACACAAAUCAUUCCUGCACAUUCUGUUUCCUGGGCAUAACUCCACUAAACCUGUAAACAAGCACACACACACACACACACACACACACACACACACACACACACACACACACACACACACACACACACACACACACACACACACACACACACACACACACACACAGCCUUGUACCGCCUCUCUUUGACCCGGGAGACACACUCUCGAUUGUGUGCAUCCACACAGCAGCCCAUGUGUUGCUCUCUUCCAUAAAUAAGCCUGUUUUUAUGUCGGCUCCUCUGUCUUUUUUAAAAGCUCCAUAAACGGCUCCUGUGUAAAUCACGGCCGGCUGCACAGCGCUGUCCCACAGAUGGCUCCUCCAAUACUAUUGGAUCACGUUUCACCACAGAGGGACUCGUAAAGCACGAGGACAGUUAGUGAAUAUUGUGUGUCCUUUUUUGUGGAUCACACACCUUUCUCCGUGUUGUAUGCUUUUCUCCAGGAACACCUCAUUCUGCAAAGACCUUAUUUUGUGUAACCCAGGGAGCAAUAUAAGUAUGUAAUAAUGCAGUUUAAGUACUUAAUGAAAUCUAAUAAAUCUGUGUAAUAAAACUUUAGUCAGUGGUUAGGCCCUUAGUACUCGACCAGCCGAGUAUUAUUGUCUGCUUAAAUUACUUUUCCAUAGGUUAAUGCGCUGUGUUAAGGCAGUUGUAAAAUAAUGUGGUUUAAUCACGGUUUAAUGUGUGCUUAACAUUUUAGUGAUAUCUUCUUACAUCCUGUAGGAACAGAUCGGCGUCUCGCAUCAGACUGAGUACCAGAGGAAGGUUUUGAGCAGGGUUAAGAGAGGGUUAUCUGUUACAAUUA